CCUCGUCCUGUCUUUGAUCAAUGCUCUGUCACUUUUUUAUGACAAGGACAUCAUAGGAUUGAAGGAGCCAUUUGAUUGAAGUGUUUGUGUUUCUGAAUUCUCAUUUCUUGACAAGCUCAAGGUUCUGCCUAAUUGCAGCCAUGCCAUUCACAUCCACUUGCAUUGAAACAUGGCUGCUGUUGAAUUCAGCUUACCCCGUAUGUCGAAGCCUAAUCGGAUUUGAAAAUUCCGCUGACAACCCCUUGUUCAGUACUUGUGAUUUGGAUCACCAAUGGAGCAGCUUGUCUUGCCCUAUUGGGCCCAGUCGCUCGUCUCCAGCCGGCCUGGCCUGGACACUCUCUGUUCGUCUUGGGAAGUUUAGGAGCGAUAAUGGAGUGGAUAGUGAAAUCCAGGCGCAAAAUGAAGUUACUAGCAACAUGCUAGGAGAUGCUAUUCUAUGGGUGCUUUACAAUAUGUUGUUGGUGACACCAACCUUCAAGUGGCAGUGGUGUUGCCUCGUUGCAGUGGUGUUGCAACUUGCAACGAGGGCUAAAGCGCGAUUUGGCAGUGAUAACGUGGAAGCGGAUGAGAAAAAGAUUGGUGUUAGGAGUAGAGGUGAUAGCUUCUCUGUAUCCAAGAUUUGGCUAUGGUCCAAGAAAGGCAAGUUCACUACUACAUCAGUAGCAAAUGAAAAUAUAGUAGUAACUGAUUUAGUAUGAAAAAGGGUUGUUUUGAUAUAGCGGUUAGAUGAGGUGAAACUAUAUAGUAGGAGUACUAGUAGUAUACUAUACUUGUUUUCAAUGGAGAAAAGCAAAGAUGACUAAUGUUUUGUACAAUGCAUAUUGCAAGUUUUCAAACAGAUAGAGGUGAAAAAGUACGUGACAAAAAGCUUCAUUUUUCACAUCCAAUAUCCUGUUUGCUUAGUCUUAGUCCUUUUUAGGGGCAAUUUAAAACCAUUGUUAUUUUUGUAAAACCCUU